AUGAAAGAGUUGGACUCUAUGCCAAUACACAGAAACGCCAGUAAAGUGUGUCUGAAAACCGGAUCAAACUCGAGCAUCGGUAGUAAAGACACCAUCGGUGAGGACGACGAUGACGUGGCGUCGGUAUUGUCUGAAGUGGACAUCGAAAACAUCGGUAAAGACGGUCCAUACUAUCAUAUGAUUCGUCGCAUACUAUAUCCGUUUGCAUUGACCGGUGCGCCCAUUGUCUACUGUCUCCGGCGUCCAGACAAACCGUUUACAUACCUCAGUCGACACGGAUUGCUAAAUAUAUAUUCAAUAAUAAUGGGUAUACUAGUGCACAGUAUAUGUCUAUUUUGGUUAUACCGUGUUUUCUAUCAUAUUGUGGCAGUGGGUCAGCUCAGUGAUCAAUUAUGGGACGAAAUAUUUACAUUUAUCUACAGUCUGGUGGGUGUGUGGGCACUGGACAUGGGUUGGAUCUAUAGGAAACAAUUGCGUCAAUUGAUCCGUGGAUUGGAUCGGACGCCACAUUUAGACCAAACAGUACUAAUGCAUUACAAAUACUUUCAUUGGAAAUAUCAGUUGAAACUGACGUUUUUGACAUUUUUUGUUAUAUCACUACUCAUAUUGUGUGUCGUCUAUAUUGUUGUACUAAUUUUUAUGGCAAUCAAUACCCGUCAUAAACCCCGUCCUAUACUAACCGAUCCCAUGUUUACAUUUGUAACACUGUAUUCACUAUAUGUAGUAUUGUUUGUUAUGGUCCUCUAUAUAGCCUUGUGUUGGAUAAUGAAGUUCCGUUUCGAACACUUGAACUUUUAUGUACAGACACUAACCAAACGUCAGGUUAAACCUGAACUCAAGCACCUGGAGAUUGUCAAACAAUGGUAUAAAGAAAAUCUUGAUAACGUCGACAAAAUCGAUCAAAUAUUUAAUGGUUUUAUAUUUGCAUAUUUUGUAUUUCUAUUUUUCGGUAUAAUUGUUGAAAUCGGGGAUCUGUUGGCAUUGUUUAAUAAUAAUGCCAAUAAUACUGACAAAAGUCAAGUGAUAUCCACUUUGAUUGUCAUAACAUUGAUGUUGUUUUCAAUGUUUUAUACAAUCAAACAGACAUCCGAUGUUACCGAUCAAUCCAUGAAUACCGGGAAAUACCUGUUCGAGUAUGUCUUGGCUACCGAUCCGUCAGAUAGAAGUCAAUUAUAUACUAAUGAGAUGCAAUUAAUAGCAUCGGGUCUACUAUCAAACAGUGCUAACCUAACACUGUUUGGUUUAGUCAAUCUGAACCGUGAUUUUAUGGCACAGGCAGUUGUUUUUCUCUACACUAUUGCCAUACUAUUCAAUGAACUGAUGUUUGUCGCCAAAGAGGAUAACCUACACAUUAGAAAUGUUACACAUAUUUUAGCCAAUAAUAUUGAUAUAUAA